AUGCAGAUGGAUCUAUCGACCAAUACAAGGCAAGACUUGUGGCAAAAUGGUACACAUAGACCUAUGAUACGUAUAGACUAUGAAGAAACUUUUGCACCAGUUGCAAAGUUAAACACCGUAAGAGUCUUAUUGUCCCUUGCAGCUAAUUUAGAUUGGCCACUACACGAGUUUGAUGUAAAGAAUACUUUCUACAUGGCGAACUCAUGGAGGAGGUGUACAUGGACAUUCUUCAUGGAUAUAAUACUACUCAGACUGGAACAGUUUGCAGGUUACGUACGAAAAGCAUUGUAUGGAUUGAAACAGUCACCACGUGCAUGGUUUGGACGGUUCACCAUGGAAAUGAAGAACAAUGGUUUCAAACAGUGCAACUCAGAUCAUACUCUGUUCUUGAAACAUCGGAAAAGGAAGCUACAAGACUAUUUGGCUACUGAGCUUGAGAUGAAGGAUCUAGGUGGACUCAAGUAUUUCUUGGGAAUUGAGGUGGCUCGAUCGCAGCAAGAUUGCAAACUUGCGGGCACCCCUAUUGUUCAGAAUCAUUAUCUUGGAGAAUAUCUAGAUCAAAUUCCAACUAACAAAGAAAGAUACCAAAGGUUAGUGGGAAGAUUGAUCUAUUUGUCACAUACUCGACCAGACAUUGCUUAUGUGGUGAGCGUUGUCAGUCAAUUUAUGCACUUUCCAAGUGAAGACCACAUGAAUGCAGUUCUUCGGAUACUUAGAUAUUUGAAGUCUGCACCUGGAAAAGGACUUAUGUUCUCAAAGCAUGGUCAUCAAAAUAUUAAUGGUUAUUCAGAUGCAAAUUGGGCAGGUAAUGUAACAGAUAGAAAAUCCACAUUGGGUUACUUCACAUUCGUGGGAGGUAAUUUGGUGACAUGGAGGAGCAAGAAACAUAAUGUAGUAGCUUUAUCCAAUGCAGAAGCCGAGUUCAGAGGCAUGACUAAAGGGAUUUGUGAACUUCUUUGGUUAAGAAAGUUGCUUAUUGAACUUGGGUAUAAACCUACAUCCACAAUGAAUCUCUUUUGUGACAACAAGGCUGCUAUAGCUAUUGCACAGAAUCCGGUUCAGCAUGAUCGUACUAAACAUGUUGAGGUGGAUCGACACUUCAUCAAAUAG